AUGUCACGUCCCUUAACUCAGUCAGACCUGAUCUUUCCCACACAAUCUCUCUCUUUGUCCUCGACGCUAAGUUCUCUAAAGCGCUCUGCGCUGUCCAUCCAUAACCGUCUGUCGUCAAUACAGUUCGAUGCCAACUUCGUUGCAAAAGUAUCUGUAGCUUUUGGUCUGCCGCUCGUUGCGAAUGAGCGUUGCGGAAGCUGGUAUAUAUCUCCGGAUAAGAAAGCCGAGAGCGUAUACUUCAAGAGCACAGACGGGCACACGAAUGAAUGGAAGUUCAGUGUCAGGAGAUUGAACUUGCAGUUGCUCGACCUCAUUGGCAAAGCUGGAGGAUGCGUCAUCGUGGACUCUACGAGGAGAGGUAAGAGCAUGCCGGAUGCGCUUUCCAAAACGAUUCCCAUAUGGUGCUGCGUGAUGAACCACUCGCUUUUCUCUGAACUCGGAGAGCACGAGCUUCAUACGGCUCCGCAAGCUGUGUCGGAGUCAGAACAUGCGCAAAUAGAGAAGAUGAUGGAUGGCUUUGUCCGCGAGUUUCUGGAAAUUUGCAGACCAGAUGUUGAGCUCUUGCGCAACAAAAUCCAGAAACCUCUACGGCCAAUCUGGAUAACGCAAAAUUCGAGCAUUCCAGAAACACCACCUUCAUUUCCCGACUUCUACCCAGUAGUGUUGUGUACAGCAUCACGACGGGUAACUGGCGCUGAAGGUUCUGAAGGCGGGUACAUCCAGGGUGCAGCGGAUGAUCACGAGGCUUGGUCUCAGGGCCUGACAUCGACACUUUUCUGGAGCCACAAACACGAAUUGCUCAAUACGAACGAAGAGGAUCUUCCGGACCUCAUCAAGAGACUUGUUGAAGAAGAGACAACCUCUGAUGCGGUACCGAUACUCGUCAAGCCAACGUCAAAUCUCUACGUCUCUACCAUACAGAAUCUGAAAACCUCGACUUACGACGUGGUGAUUAGCUGCGGGGCUAAAUCACUUCCUGAAUCUCACUCGAAGUCGAACACACGAUACCUACAUCUCCAAUGUCAAGCAGGCAAACUCGGUUCGCGGGACUUGCGAAAUCAGCUUAAACAGUUGUUCAUCCUAGAGACUUGGCUGCCAUCAGGCCCGACCGACAAGAAGAUACUCAUCUGCGAUCACUCAGGCAAGGAUUUGGCCGUUGGCACGGCUCUCGCAAUCCUCUGCAUGUAUGCGGAUGCGAAUGGCGUUCUCGCGUGCCGGCCUCAUGAAGGGGCCAAAAUCGACAAGAAGAUCAUUAAGCAGCGACUCUCAUGGCUCACUACUACGCAUCCGACGCUGAAUCCGCCGAGAGCGACGCUGCAAUCCGUCAAUGCGUUUCUUAUGCCUAAUCCGUCAGCUAUUACCUCUAAUCGAAACCUACCUGAGGACUCCAACGCAGACGCACAUUCAUUUCCAGUCCCUCACCCACCAUCCACCACACUUCCACAGUUAUCAACCCUACUACCUACUGCCUCGACCAUUUUCACCGCCCUGCAAAGCCACGGCACCUGGACUUUCACCCGAACCCUAACCUCAAACCUCCCAACCCACCCUUCUGGCACCGUCACCGGCACCGCGACCUUCACACCCCUGCCCAGCUCGCGCCCCUCGCUUCUCUACACCGAGGAGGGCGAAUUCAUUACCGAUACAGGUCUACGCUUCACCGCACGGAGGAAGUACGUUUACAUCCUGCGAGGCGAAUUAAACGAAGAGGCAAAGAGAAUGUUUAAAGGGGAGUACGUGGCUGUGCAUUUCCACGAGGCGGAGGAAGUAGAUGGGGUGGGUGGGCUGUUUGUCACGAUGGGAAACAUGGAAAGGAAAGAGGGAGGGGUGGUAAGUGUGCCGAAUAGGGAGCAGCAUCUGUGCGCGGAGGAUCUGUAUACCGCGCGGUGGGAGUUUCCUGUUUUUAGUGACGAGAAGAAGAUGAAGUGGUGGAGUGUGAGGUACGAUGUCAAGGGACCGAGGAAAGAGUAUGUGAGCGAGACGGUGUAUACGUGA